CAGAAAUUCGUUUUUUUUCAACCCCUGUAUAAGCUUUCCAAUUCCUGUUUGAAUUUCACGCGUUGCUAUAGUAACCAUUCUACUGUAUAUGACAACAAUGAAACAAAUCAUCCACUACAGCGCGUAUAAUCGACCUACAAAAAAUCGUUUUUUAACUUAAUUUUUGACAAACUGAUGGAUUUUGGACUGGACAAUGAGUUCGAUUCCGAUGACAGCUUUUUCGACGAGCCAAAACUAGCCAUUAAAAAAGCAAGCCCGGCGAAAACUAACCCUAAAAAGUCCCUCGAAGACAUUUUUGGCUUUCAAGAAGAAAAAUCAAAUGAAAAAAGUAAUUUAGACACGCCUGGCAACAUCGCAAGUAGUCCUGGACCUAAACCCAAGGUACGUUUUAAUGUUGAAGAAAAUGCUUCUGAAGACGUUCAAAAAGGUUCCUCAAAGACUUCUGUUACCAGCAAAGGGCUAGAUUGGCUAGGUAGCUCCGACAGUCUAGAUUUUUCAAAAAAAGAACCAAAAUCUUCCUCGAAAGGCGAUAUUUUAGACGACAUUCUACCUUCAGCGCCUCAGAAAUCUGAAACCAAAAAACCUCUCGACCUUUUAGAUGAUAUUUUACCUAAAACUACCCAAAAAAGCGACUCAAAAAAAGCAAUUUCGUUCGAGGACAUCUUGAAAGACAGUAAAGCACAAAAAACUGGUUCUGGUAGUUUGGAACGGUCUAACUUUGAUCUGACACAGUCAAAAAGUGGUACUGGAUCGUUAGAAAAUAUAUUGGGAGAUAAAGGACCUGGAAACUUUGAUAAAAUACCUCAAAGAAAUGCACUGAGUGCUAGUCUGGACUUGGAAAAGACUGGAAUGGCUUCCAGAAGAGGAAGGAGAGCUUCCAAUACGGGAGUAUCGGAUAUUUUAGGAUUAUUCGGAUCAGAACAAUCUCCUGAGCCGAUUUCUAGAAGUAGAAAGCCAAAUUUAGACGCUUUUGCAACUAGGGAAGGCAGAAAAAAUACUGGAGAAGAUGUUCCAGAUUGGUUAGGGGGAAGUACCACGUCAGCUACAAGAUCAGACACGACGAUUCAGUCCCAAACACCCGAAAUUACUCGAGAAGAUCAGCAAAAAGUCCAAAAAAACGUCGAUAUUAAAGAUUCUACUGAAACUAAGACUAAUGCAGAUGAUUCUUUUCGAAGGAAUAUUGAAAAAAACACUGAUAAUACAGUCCAGACUUCAGAAAAUUUCCAAACAAACAUUUCCAACUUGCAAACUCAAGAAUCGUUUUUGCUGGUUUCUCUGCAACUGAAGCAGUACGAGCAAAGUUUAACAGACAUCAAACAGCAACAAGAACAGAUCCUAAAGAAGCAAGAGAACCAAUUUGACUUAUUUUUGAACAAAUAUAUCGAGAAACAGAAGAAUAUCGAACAGGAAAUGCUGGCUCAGCAAGAAAGGAUCAAUCAGAACAUUAGGACGUUGGCGUUGGGUGGUAUUGAUGCAGGGAGAAGAAAUUUUAAAGAAUCGGGGUACGCAAGUGAUGACAUUGAAGAUCCCGAUGACGCAAACGAUAAGGUAGUGUCAAAGAUCGUGGAAAAUAUGAAACAAAGACACCAAGAGGAAUUCUUUUUGAUGGAAGAGUCCUAUAAAAAACAAAUAACAAUGCUUGAAAAGUCUUCGGAACUGGUCGAGCAACGCCUCCAGAAAGAAACGGAAGUCAUUACUAAGAUCUACGAAGACAAACUAGCCAACAUGAAGGUCCAGCAUGCUGAAGAACUCGAUCACUGGACUGAAAAACUCAAGAGUCUGGAACAAAAGCAUCGGGAUGAACUGGAAGCAGCUCGUGAAGAUUAUUCCAGAUUUCUUCGUGAAGCUAAGCAGGAUUUUUUGGAUCAAAUUGAACGGUUUAAAGAACAGAAACAUAGAGAAAUGGAUCUGAUGGCUGACGGUGUUGAGAUCAGCCAAAGAAUAACCAAGAGUGCUGACAAAUUAGAUCAAAAUGGAGUGAUUUUGGAGAAACUUCAAGAAAAAGUGAUCAGUGACUAUGAUGUGCUGAGUGUGGUUAGAGAAAGGUCCAUUGAGAAUAAAGAAAGAGAAGUUGCUACUAUGAGGUUGUCUCUGGAAAAAUGCCGAGAACAGGCUGAAAAAGACCGAUCCCAACUAUUGGCUCUGGUUCGUACGUUGGAGCAGAAGAUUUCCGAACAGGACCACAACGCUCAGGAGGAGAGAUGGGCCAUGCAACAAGCGGCGGCAACGUUGGCAGCUAGAGCAGUUGCUUUCGACAGGGAGGUCGAAUUCAGCCGGACAUCCAUAGAAAGGGAAAGGGAACAACUUAAGACGCUUAAAGAAUCCAUUCUGGCGGAACAGGCCCGCGUCACUGCGCAGCUCACCGAGGAAAAGCUGCGCAUCGACUCAGAACAGACGCGACUAAAGGUCUCCGCCUCUUUGGUCACCGAUUACGAGGUGCAAAAAGUGAAAAACGAGGCCGAAACGGCCAUUCAAGUGGCCAAAGAGCUGACGGAGCAGCUAACCAGGGAAAGAAACCUGGUCCAGCGGCAGAAGGUGGAUUUGGAGAAUUUCAGGAGAAGGUUGGUGGAAAAGGAGGUGGAGUUGACGGAACGGGAGGAGGAAAUGGAGGAGGUGAGGAGGGAGAUGCGCCAGAAGAUAGUGGAGGAUAGGAGAAUUAGUCAGGAAGCUAGGGUAUUGGAAGCCAGAUACAAAGAAAAAUUAUCUGAGCUUCAGGAACAGACGCUGUCUCUGUCUGGCAGAGAGAAGAAACUGGCAGAAGAAAAGAUCCAGAUAUCCAAGGAAAGGCUAGCUUUGUACACAUCGAUCAAGGAAAAAGCCAACACCAAAAAAUGCGUGCUGUGCAAGACUGAAGACGAGGAUCAUAGCAAAAACGAACUGUUUUACGUAACUCAUCCUGCAUCCGAUACAGAAAUCUUGAGACUGAAAAUGGAAGCUAUGGAUGACGAAAGAAACAGUGAAGUCAGUAGAGAAGAUAACAGCCCGAAUAUUUUACCUAGUUCUUAGUUCAUACUCACUAAUCAUUUUUGGUCUGUUUCGUUUAAUACUAAUCCAA